AUAACACCCAUACACACCCUCUAAGUCACAAGCUAUCAACCUAUAAAUUGAAUUUGGGGAUAAGAAGAAUUAGACUGCGAUGAUGAUAAGAAUGUGCUCUUCUACUUCUACUUCUACUGAUCACCUUCGUUCUCAACUUGAUCAACUUCACUCUGAAGUUCACAUAACUCGUACUAAAGCUAAUAAUGCAAGAUUAAGGCUCCUAAGGUUGUCAGAAGCAGCAGAAAAUUUAUGCCGACAAGCAGCUGUAAGUGUUCGAAAGGAUAAAGAAGAUGAGGCUAGGGAGCUUCUUUUGCAGAAGAAGAAGGUUAUGCUGGCUUUAGAGAAAUCAAAAGGUCGCGUAGAAUUGCUUGAUGAGCUUGCAGCUAAGCUAACUGAGGCAAUAUCAAUCAAGGAAGCACAAUUAGUCAGAAAUGUUGCAUUAGAUCUAGAAAUUGAUGGAGAUAAUGCUGAAGGUCCAGUACGGAUAGUCUCUCCAACACGAGAUGACGAGAAGACUUUAGAUGAUGACUAUAAUAUCACGUAUCAAUCAAGUGAUGGAGAUGACAAAAAACUCGGGCCUGCUACUAACAAAGAAGGAAAUGUGCUGUCUUUCAAAGAGGAAGUACAUGCAGUUUCAGAAAACAUCAGCAAUGGGAAUGAAGGAACCAUGUUCAAUAACUUCAAAGGGCUAUCAACUUAUAUUGAUUUCUUGGAUGAACUUGACCAACAACUAUACAUAAUUGAAAAGGAUUUGAUGACUGUUUUUGAGCGUCCAGCAGCAAUUUUAGAAAAUGAGGAGAAACUCAAUAGCUCAAAAGUGAAACAGUUGGAAAUUCUUGAAAACAUCCGUGGUGCUAGAAUGAGAAUACGCGAUUAUGUCCAGGAAGUUUCAAGGAGUAAAUAGAUACAUGUCUCGCUUUCUAGUGGAAAAAUAACCCUCACUGAAGAUGGGGAACUUGUGAAAGAUCAUUUCCAUUCCUCUGCAGCGACUCAGUACAAUUCAAGAAGCCAAAUACGGAGCAGAAUUGUAGAUUCAUGGUCAAUCCAUAGUGCACAUAUAACAGAAGAGAUCAUUGAUGCUCACGUCCGUUGAGUUGAAACAGCAGGAUACUCAUUUAUUCUGCUGCCAAGCAGGUUGCAUUUUGGGGGCGUACUGGGCGAGAAUGAAGUGUUUUGUUCUCGAAUAAUGCUUCAAUAUGGAAGGUUUUCGCCUAGCCAUAUGACAGUCUGUUGAUUUUUCUGUACAUCAGAGGAACUGCUCUAUUAUGUGGUUGAAGAUUAUGGUUUCACUUUUGACACCUUAUUAUCAUUCAUGAUUCAUGAACCUCAUCCUGUUAGUAUGAACUAAUAGUUAAAGAGUUUUCCCCCCCUAGUUUUUGAUUUAACAUUUGAAGACACUAGACACCCUUUUUGGUUAAUUUGAAUUUAAUUCUUUUUGUUAUUAUUUUCUAAACACUUGUUAAGUUUAAUGAUCAUGUAUAUUCAACACAUUUUUCUUUGUUC